UGCCAGCAUGAGCAUUGUGGCGAUGGAGUGAAUCUCACGUGUGUCUUCCCGUCUUCUAAAUAUCCAUUAGCUGCUUUCAAAUCUUUAGCUCGUUCACCACAUUUCACAUCUUGCAGUUCAAGAUCUCUUGUAUCAGCGACAAAUGGCCGAUAUUAAGACAAUCUCCAAGGACGAGGUCGCUAAACACAGGCAGAAGGAUGACCUUUGGCUUGUGAUUCAUCACAACGGAUACGAUGUCAGCAAAUACCUUGAAGACCAUCCAGGCGGCGCGUACGCACUUCUAGAAGUAGCAGGACAAGACUCGACGGCAGCAUUCGAAGAUGUCGGACAUUCAGCCGAUGCACGAGAGACCAUGGAAUCGUUCUUAAUUGGAAAGCUGGAAGGAGCUCCCGAAGAAGACGAUUACCAAGCUUCGAAGCUCCCGAUACCAAAACCAAACAUCAAACCCGGAGACAACGAUUUUCAUAGCGAAUCGCCAGUCCUGGCGAUCGGACGGACAAUCCUCAAAGUUGCAGUUGCUGGCGUGACAGUGUAUCUUGCGUAUGAAGCUUCCGCUCGCAGUCCAGUCGUCAGUUGGAUAGCUCAUCAUGAAGGUGGAUUUUGGAAAGGAGCAUUGCUUUCCACGAUGGCCACGCUAUCCGUGGUGACUGGAGCGGGGUUGUACUUCGAGCAGGCGAUGAAUGCACAGAGCAGAACGCCCUACUCAUAUCCUGCACAUUUCAAACCUUCCAUACAUAUCGCCAAAAAGCCAAUCACCAAGGUGAAAGGUUGGCUCAAACCCGAGGAAUAUCAAAAGUUGCCUUUGGCGCAAAAGGACAAAUUAUCUUCCAACGCUUUCCGAUUUGUGUUCAAGCUGCCGAACGAUGACACGAUCCUGGGUCUGCCGAUCGGGCAGCAUAUCGGCAUCCGGGCGGACAUUGAGGGGAAAACGGUCAGCAGGUCGUACACGCCCGUAUCGAACAACUCAGAUCCAGGCAUCUUAAAAUUGGUUAUCAAGUGCUAUCUAGAUGGGCUACUGACAGGGAAAUACCUCCAGAACUUGCAAGUCGGAGAUUUGGUUGAGAUUCGGGGACCAAAAGGCGCGAUGAGAUAUCGCAAGGGAAUGGUUGCUGGCGGCACUGGAAUCACACCCAUGUUUCAGGCAAGUCACUUAUUAAUUCGUGCUAUAUGUGAAGACCCGACGGAUACAACACACGUAUCACUGCUCUACGGAAACAAUUCAGAAGCUGACAUCUUGUUACGUCAGGAGCUCGAUGAGUUUCAACGACGAUACCCUGAGAAUCUUAACGUCACUCACGUACUGUCUCAUCCAAGUGAGUCUUGGAAUGGUGCGAAAGGAUUCGUAAGCAAAGACAUGUUAGAAGAGAAGUUCCCACAGCCAAAAAAAGAGAGCAAGGCAUUACUGUGUGAACCUCCUAAACUAGUUGAUGCUAUGAAAAAGAGUCUGAUAGAUUUAGGUUGGAAUGAGCCGAGGGCUGUGAGCUACUUGCCAGACCAAGUCUUCUGUUUCUGAAGCGGUGUUGGAAACCAAUCGAUAAUUCGGAAAGAGGUAAUCAAUUCUAGCAGACACCAGUCUGGGAUUCAGACUUUACGGCAGUGAAACCUUUCAUGAAGUGAAAUUAGCUCACUGUCCUGAAUAUUGAAUUUCAUGUAAG